AUGAAUGAUCCUGCUUAUUACAUAGGAAUUCAAAGAUGUAACUUUUUACUUGAAACUUUGUCGUUUUAUCAUGAAAAAUGUGAAAAUGGCAUGAUUUAUAAAUCAUUUUCAAUGGAUAACAUGAAUACAGAUAUCGUGUCGGGACAAGUUGUUUCAUCGACUUCAAACGAAACAGACUCCAGCAACAACAUGAACCUAACUGCAUUCAUUCAGCAGAAUGCUGGGCUACAAAUGCCCUGUCAGAUGAUGUUUCUAAAUCCUAACAUCACUCAGUCAUUGCUUCUGCAACAACAACUGCAACAACUGGGUUUUAACAAUGGCACUAAUAACUUGCUGAGUAAUCUAAUAUCGUUGAACAACAUUAAUUCUACUUUAGGCCAACAACAAAUUACUGAAUGCUUUGAUCCUGCAAUCCAAAUGAUAUUGACAAACCAAUCUAACAUUUUUGGCACCAACCUCCUAACCAAUGUGCAAAAUGCAAUCGAUAGCACUAGAACAGAUUCUGUAGAAGUUAACAUGAAUGGUCACAGCGACUCCAACAACAACGGCAUAAAUAUUUUAACAACCAAUGUUAUCAAUAACAACAGCACCAAUGAUGUAGUUGUUAGUCCAGAGAGGAUUAUCCAGACUUCAGCGAACAACAAAGUUACCAACAACCAAACAUUGACAACACCGAAUAGAUUGAAACAGCCGAUGUCCAAACCACCACCGAAGAAACCUCUUACACCUUACAUGAUCUUUAGCAAGCAGGUCUGGCGAGAUGUGAAGGAAUCUCACCAACAUCUGUCAUCAGUCUGUGAGAUUGGAGCCAUCGUCGGUCGCAUGUGGAGAGAUCUGGAUGCUACUGAGAAGUUGAAAUACAAUGAUCUGUACUUCAAGGGCAAGGAAAGAUAUGAGGUAGAACUACAAGAGUUCUUCAAGGAAACAGGUAUGACCCCUUCCGACCUCGUCAAACCUCGGGCCAAGAGGUCAUCUGCUGGAGUUAAAAUCUGUUCCCUUCAAUCACAUGGACAAACCAUCAAUCAGAUAACUGCUCAGAUCAGUCAGCUUUCAGAUCAGCAGCCACUUGAGGCCAGCAUGACCUCAGCAGCAACAGCAACACCAACAUCAAGUUUACUCUCUACUGCUCCUUUAGCAAUCACUCCUUUAGUUAUUGCACCAGAGACAUCAACGAUUUCUGAGACCUCUUCUAUAACAUUGCCUCUCAACACUGUACAACCACAGGAGUUACCACAACUGGCACCCGUUGAUUCGUCUCUACAACAAAUGCCAACAAACAUGACUUUGACAACCAACCAGCAACAGAACGUCACCAGCCUAGUUGAUCAGGAUUUAUUUGAACAGCUGGGACUCACAGUACCAACCGUCUUCCAGAAUGGUGAGUAUGUGUACAGUAUCGACCCCAGUACACUUGCUCUGCUAGCCCUUCAGCAGCAGCAACAACAACAACCACAGCAGCAAAUCGAUGAAUCCAUUUCAAAUGAGACUAAACUCAACAACACAGAUUCUAUAGAGGACGAUGUAAAUAACAACAGUUACUCAAAUAGUGUAAACCAAGUUUCGAACAUCAGCUCGCACAAUAUCAAGAAGCUUGACGGUUGCAAUCAGUCAACAACAGGCCAGCAUCGACUACAUCAGCCACCAAUCAUGAGUUUCACAGUGGCAGAGCAAUCUUCAAUAAACAACCUUCCAACUCUUUAUUCAUCAAAUGUUCUCAGCAUUGCCGAUAAUGAUUUCAUAAACAAAUUCGUCCUUCAGGGUACAGUUUCCGGCAUCUCCACCCUCAAUAACAACAACAGCAGCAGCACAAACAACAACAACAGCAGCCUGAACAGCAACAACAACCACAGCAGCAGCACGAACAGCAACAACAACAACAGCAGCAUCAGCAUAAGAAACGGCUUGUUGAGAGAUGAUGAUGGAGAGGGACUUGCAGGAAACAGUGGGGUAGCAAUUGAAUGCAAAUGGCUCGACUUGAUGCAGAGUCAAGUACAGGACCAUAAUUACGUCACCAAAGUUCUCCACAACAGCACCUUCGAUAACAGCAAUAAGAAAAUGAAGACCUCGAAUGUUACUGAUGAAGACAACGGUGAUGGCGAAAGUGGCGCAUCUACUUUUAAAUUCAACUGUUUCAAUUUCAGCAACAAUUUGGUCGCCUCGUCAUCGUCGUCGUCGUUACUUCAUGGAACGUGUAGUGACUUAAUGUAA